CAAUCACAUUCAAGGGGCGGGAUUGUGGCGAACUUGUGACUAGCCUUAGCAUUGUUUAUUUAUUUUAUUAAAAUUAAGUUUUAACACGUUUUUCAUAGCGACAAAGCUACCGGGUUCCUAACUAAUUUAGUUAUAUUUAUCGCACAUAUUGUAUAGUCUGUUUUGACAUAUUUGACUGUAUUAAAAAAAAACCUAAUGCUGCGUUUUAGCUUAUAGUUAGCUUGUGAAGCUAACUGGUUACAAAAAAAAAAUAAUAAUCGAUAGCAACAUUCCAGCCGGGAUUUUAUCGGGAUAACUGAGCGACUCUGGGUGUUUUUUGCGGGAUAACUGAGCGGCUUUCAGAGCCACAUAGCCAGCCACAAGCAUGUACGAGGAGCCCGCACUGACGGGGAGCUACGAGGCGGAAAGUUUUGGAGACACGGAGGAGGACAAACCCCGAAUCCUGCUGAUGGGACUGAGGCGCAGCGGCAAGUCCUCCAUUCAAAAGGUUGUGUUUCACAAGAUGGCACCUAAUGAGACACUAUUCCUCGAGAGCACCAACAAAAUCUACAAGGACGACAUCUCCAGCAGCUCCUUUGUCAACUUCCAGAUCUGGGACUUUCCUGGCCAGGUGGACUUCUUUGACCCCACCUUUGACAGUGAGAUGAUCUUCAAAGGAACUGGCGCCUUGAUCUUCGUCAUUGACGCACAGGACGAUUAUGUGGAGGCUCUCGGGAGGUUACAUCUCACUGUGUCUCGAGCCUACAGAGUGAAUCCAAACAUCAACUUUGAAGUGUUCAUCCAUAAAGUAGAUGGUCUGUCAGAUGAUCACAAAAUAGAAACGCAAAGAGACAUUCAUCAGCGAGCCAACGAUGACCUGGCAGAUAACAAUCUGGAGAAGGUUCACCUCAGCUUCUACUUAACCAGCAUCUAUGAUCACUCCAUAUUUGAAGCUUUCAGUAAAGUCGUCCAGAAGCUCAUCCCUCAGUUACCAUUUUUGGAGAACCUUUUGAAUAUUUUCAUAUCACAUUCUGGCAUCGAGAAGGCCUUCUUGUUUGAUGUUGUUAGUAAGAUUUACAUCGCCACCGACAGCUCUCCUGUGGACAUGCAGUCAUAUGAGCUCUGCUGUGACAUGAUCGAUGUGGUCAUCGAUGUCUCCUGCAUUUACGGGCUGAUUGGGGACAGCAGUGGCUGUGCCUAUGACGAAGAGUCUCUGGCCAUCAUCAAGCUCAACAACACUACAGUGCUUUAUUUGAAAGAGGUGACAAAAUUCCUGGCACUCGUAUGUAUCCUGAGAGAGGAGAGCUUUGAGAGGAAAGGUUUGAUCGAGUACAAUUUCCACUGUUUCCGUAAAGCUAUCCACGAAGUCUUUGAAGUUGGCGUCUCAACACAAGAUGUGAUGGAGAAGCUGGUAAGUUCGUCCGGCAACAGUCUGACUGGCUUUAAAUAUGCUGCACUAAAUGGCGGUACGGAGUGAAGAGAACUGUGUGACUUAACGUUUACCUGAAGUGCAGCGGCGCCUCAUGACUGCUGCUGAGCUCGGCUGCGACAGAACGAUGAUGAUGAUGCAGAUGAUGCAGCACUGAACUUUGAGUCAAACGAUUAAAUCUGAGGUUCACCUCGACCAUCAUAGCUCACAUGUGCCAUAAAACAGCUGCUUCUGUCUAAAUGUAGUUACUGGUGUGGCGUUGGCAGUAUGCCAAAAAAAAAUUGAUUUACUUUUCUGGCCAGUUAAUUUGAUGCCCUCUGACCUUUUGUGUAAAUGUGCUGUCAAACUUACCGUAACUGUUUCCACAAAGUGCACUGGUUUUUAUUUUGUUUUUUUUUUUUAUGACAGUUCAAGCUGCUUUCAUUUUACUUUGAAAGAUGGAAUUCUGUAAUGGGCUUUAAUCCCCAGUUUGAGCAAAAAUCCCGUUGAGUGCAGUGUUUGUGACGAUAACGACUCGUGUGACCCACGUCCAGCGGUCUGCUCAGGAUCUCCACGGCCCAGGACUGUGCCAGUUCCACCAUUAGAGCCCAGAGUGCGUCAGCCUUAAUGCACUGUGGAAAUAUAACCAUCAGAUUUUCCACUUACCAACCUGUCACAGCUCCUGACAGGUGAUUAAUUUUUAAUUCCCCCACCCCCACCAACCCACCCAUCCAUAACAUCACAUUUUAAGUCAGCUGGGAUCUGAGGAUUUAUUUUUGUGAUUGUACAUAAAUCUGUAAUAAAAUAUAUUUCAUAA